UUGACACUUUUUAUUCAAGUGUAAAAAUACAAAUAUAUUAUGAGUCUACAUAAAAUAAUUUUAAUGUUAGAAUAAAAAUAUGUUUAAUAUAAAAAUGGAUUUGUGUCAUUUGAUUAGAUUUACAAUUGCUUACAAUGCUAACAUCAAAAUAAGCAGAAAUUUUAGUAGUGUAGUUUUGUCUAAUUCUUUAGUAGGGGUUAAAUAUGAUCAAAAGAACACCGUGCUCGAAUCUGUGAGUGAAGAUUUAUCAGAAGUAACUCCAUACUUUCCUGAAUCAUUUAAUAUAGCUGCUUAUGUUAACAAAUCUGAAACACUUCAAAACCUUAUUAAACUAAAUGUGAAUCUUAGCAAGAUUGAGAAGAAACCUCACAUAGUAAACAAACUAUUAAAAAUGGAUUUUGAAAAAGAUAUGAAAAACAACAUAUUUUUUAUCAAAGAUUUCGUUGAUUCAGAAAAUAUUGGAAAUUAUAUUACUAAAAAUCCUCUUAUCUUAUGUGAAACUAUAGAAAACUUUCAAGUAAGAAUUAAUUACCUACAAUCAAAAAAAUUUAGUAAUUUGCAAAUACACGAAAUAAUAGCAAGAAAUCCUUUUUGGUUAAUGUUUAGCACUGAGAGAAUAGACAAAAGGCUAGGAUAUUUUCAAAAUAAAUUUAGUUUAAAUGGGAAUGAAGUAAGAUUACUUGCAACAAAGCAACCAAAAAUAAUAACAUAUAGUAUUCAACACAUCAAUACAAAUUCAUUUGUUGUCAAAGAAGAAAUGGGUUUUAAUGAUGAAGAGGUGAAAGCUUUACUACUAAAUAAACCCAAAAUAUGGAUGACAAGUCAAAAAUCCUUGUUGGAAAGAUUCAAUUACCUCCAUAAUGUCAUUAAGAUACCCCAUAGCUCAAUAUUGCAUUAUCCUAAUGUGCUUCUUUGUAGAAAUUUCAAGGUGAAACAACGUCAUAUGUUUUUGCAGACCCUUGGUAGAGCUCAGUAUAAUGCAAAUAAAGAAAAUUAUAUUCCACUGAAGGCUUUGAUUGAAAACACAGAUUCAGAAUUUUGUAAAAAUUAUGCUAAAUGUAAUGUUGAUGAUUUCAAUUUGUUUUUAAAGACUUUGUGAUUUAGUAUCUAUCAUUUAGCCUGCUUUGCCCAAUACAAUUUUGUUAUGAAAUGCAUUAAGAGAGUGAUACAAUAGUGUGUCAAAUAUACCGGCAACAGUGAAAACACCUCCAACUAUUGCACAAAUGUUUGUAGCAAAGUGACCAAUUGACCUGAAAAUAAAAAUAUUAUUAAAGUUAAAUUAUUAAUAAACUUUGUUUUUAUUGU